AUGUCGCUGGUGGAUUACGCAGCUUCUUCAGACGAAGAUGACGAGCUACAGAACCCUUCCCACCGGCUAAAAAAUGAACAGCUGAAAAAAAACCCUGAAAUUGCGCCAGCCCCAUCAUCCAACGAUGCCUCUAUUCGUUCUAACACCAGGACAUCUGGAAAUCUAUGGCCACCUUCAACUAAAAAGGCAGAAAAAGUUUCCAAUCAGUCUUCUGAGCUGAAACUUCCUGAUGCCUCAUUUCUCUUGAACUCACCCGUUUUGCCAUCUAAUCUGUCGAAUGUUUCGGAUCACUCAUCUCGAGUUGCAGCUGCCAUGGCCGAAAGUGCUUCUAGAAAAAGAGAGUUAAUUGGGCCAACAGCAAAAGGUGUUCCAGAUACCGUAGGUGUUCCAGAUACCGUAGGCGGUCAUUUGCUUCCACCUCAGCUGGCCGGAAGGAGCAAUAUUGUGACAGAAGACAUAAGCAAGCUCUUUGUGAGAAAGAAUACGAAAUCGUCCACAGAAUAA